AUGUCGACCGGUGACGGCAUCGACUUGACUUAUCUGGAAGAGCCUCCAAUUGCAUGGCCGAAAGCAGAAUGGAGCCACAAUAAAUACCGAGUAACUCCGUCUUUCAAAGAUCAUCUGCCAUACUUCGCUGGAGAAAAUGCCUGGGUGAAAGAAGUGAACAUGAACUGCUGGCCCGAUUAUGAAAAUAACAGGUCGAAAUAUAUCGUAAAUGUCAAAUGGCUAGAUGAUGACGAAAAGGCAGCGGAAAGAUGGAGGCAGCUGGCCUCAUUCUCUUCGACGAGUACGUCAUCUUCACUUAUGGAGGGCUACACGUCCGAAAUGACGAAGGACGCAACCGAGCCCACCGUAGACGACUGGCUUGGCUCAGAAGAAUAUGAACAAGAAAACACUUCGUCUCUGCCGGGAGGUGAUGUGGGCCAUGGGGACACGGUCCCAGAUUACGGUAGCAGCAUGAUCGAUGGAAGUCUUCCUAGUGAGAAUAGAACUGUUCUUCACACCACACCUACUUCAUCGGUCAAUACGCAAAAUGGUUCCGGUGAUUUCACUAAUGAAGGUUUUCCUGAGCACCCAGAUCUUCAAUCUCCUGUUCCUGCAGAGAUGCUAUCUAUUAGAAUCAUUAUUAUUGAGAAGGCUAACUUCAGUAUUGUUCGGAGGAAAAUCGAUUACGAAGCAGCCUCUGAUGAGUGCAUCAGCAGUAUUUAUGAUAUUUUGGAGAAAAAUAUGCCGUCUCUGGAGAAAAUCCAAAUUUACUAUUCGAAUAAGAAAAUCCGUCGUCGUACCGAUUUGACAAAACUACCGGCCGGUGAUCGAAGGCAAUUCUGUCAACUGGCUGGUACUCAAGGAACGUUGGUUUUUGUCGUCGCAGCACCAACUGUUCGGAUUUUCUGA